UUUGAAGUCCGACUGAGAGCAGGCAGAAAGAAGAGUCUAUCCUUUAUAAAAAAAUAUUUCUCCCCUCGCUGGUUCAGGAUGGCUGAACCUCGCUUUAACAAUCCCUAUUUUUGGCCUCCACCUCCCGCUAUGCCCGGCCAGCUGGAUAACCUAGUCUUGAUCAAUAAAAUCAAGGAGCAGCUGAUGGCAGAGAAGAUCAGACCGCCACAUCUGCCUGCUGCCUCAGCCCCUUCUCAACAGCCCUUACUGGCUUCCCCCAUCCAGGCGGAUGGCAGCCAGCAAGGGAUGUCCAAAGCUCACCAGAUGCCGGUUCUCCACAGCCACAGCCCGUCUCAGCCUGAUAUCGCCCUGCACGCCCGCCCCGCCUCCAGCUCAGUCACAGGUCGUAUUCUGGGGGAUGUAAACUUGAAUCUGGACGAUAAGGCAGCUAUAAAAGCCAGAGGAUUAUGGGAAGACUGGCAUCUGCGUCAACUGAUAGACCAUCCCUCUAGGACAAACCAUGUCUCAGGUGUGGCACUGGCAUCCAGAACAGGCAACCUCAACACCUCAGAGAUCAUCACCCCAACCACGCCCACCUCAAGCAGCCACAGCCGGCUGGGCGGAGCCCCCACACCUCACCUCAUCUCAGAGUUAGCUUGCAGCCAAGGGAUGGAGCCCGGGAAAAACAACGGGGGACUUGUGGGACUCCUCGGCCCUCCUCCAAAGGAGGAACGGGGACGUAAGAGGAUCAAAGCAGAGAAUGGGUCAUCUCUUCUGGUGGUGCCCUACCCAAUCCUAGCCUCAGGCAACGACCAAUCCUGUGUCACCAUUACUGCCAAAGAGGGAAAAACCUACAGGUGUAAAGUUUGUCCGCUGACCUUCUUCUCCAAGUCAGACAUGCAGAUCCACUCGAAAACGCACACAGAGGCGAAGGCUCACAAGUGUCCUCACUGCACGAAGUCCUUUGCAAAUGCAUCGUACCUGGCCCAGCACCUGCGCAUACACUUGGGUAUCAAACCUUACCGCUGCUCCUACUGCGAGAAAUGCUUUCGCCAGCUCUCCCAUCUUCAGCAGCACACCAGAAUCCACACAGGUGAUCGGCCGUACAAAUGCACCCAUCCAGGAUGUGAAAAAGCUUUUACUCAGCUAUCUAAUCUGCAGUCUCACCAGAGGCAGCACAACAAAGACAAGCCCUUCAAAUGUUCCAACUGUUUUCGUGCCUACUCAGACUCUGCCUCGCUGCAGAUUCACCUGUCCGCACACGCCAUCAAAAACGCCAAGGCCUACUGCUGCAGCAUGUGCGGCCGGGCGUACACGUCGGAGACGUACCUCAUGAAACACAUGUCUAAACACACAAUGGUGGAACAUGUGGUGUCCCAUCACUCCCCUCAACACAGGACAGAGUCUCCCACCAUCCCUAUACGGAUCUCCCUCAUCUGAGCUCCUCACCCGUCUCCCGCCAUCCUCCCAUCAGAGACGUUUCCUGUGAUAUCUGCGCCCCUCUGACGGACUUUGAACCCAUCAAUGGGUUCCAACAAUGUGCCAGACUGUACAUGUAUCUUGUGAAGAGGUACGCUUUUAACGAGUAUAUCCUCCUUUCCUUUCUUGCUGACCAGAUAGUAUUAUCGGGGACAUCCAAAGAUGACUUCUCAGCACUUUCAGGCCUGGAAAUGACAGGCCUAAAAAUUUCUUUUUCUAUUGUGACUUCACAGAAAAACAAAAAAAAACAUAAGUAUUGCUCCGGGCAGCUACGAUACAUGGAAAAUUUUUUUAAAGUUUCUGUGUUAUAAAAAGAUUACAUUGUCCUUUUUUUUAUACGGUCCAUCGAUUUCUUUACUCAAGUCUUUGCAAGAAAAAAAAAAUGCAUCAGAAAUAGUCUUCCGUUAGCUGAGUGAACAUAAAGGUGAAUGCUUAUAUAAUGUGUAUUCAUGUAUAUCGUGCCACUUUUUACGUCAGUGUUUGCAAUCUUUCACCAAUCACGUGCCCCUAACACACAUGCAAGACUGCGUUCACAUGGAAUCAGAGAGACCAGAUAUUACUUUAGUGGACGAGAGCAGGACGGUAAUGUUAGGUGAGGCUGGCAGAGAAUAACGGCAAUGAUUCCAUGUGAACACAGCAUAAUUAAUAUUUAUAUUACAGUAAUUUUCUCGCCCUGUUGCCAAACUCAUCCUGCAGGAUGUGUGACUCGGAUGGAUAUGUUUUCUUUUACAUAUAUUUUGUAAUGUUAUGAAAUAUAAAUGUGCUUUAGGUCUCCUUAAAUACAAGAGCUGUUCAACAGUGUUUCAGAAAAAGACACUAAGAAAACCCACAAACCACAAAAAAUUU